AGUAUUUACAUUUAUUAGUAAACAACCAAAUUAUUUUUCUAUAGACUGUCUGCGAUCAAUACAUAGACAAGUUAUUUACUAACAUUGCAAAAUUUCAGUGUAUCUACAAGUGUCUUGUCUGCGGUGUGCGUAUUAUUAGAAUGACAAGAUGAAAUGAAGUGAACUUUGGAUGGCUACUUUAUCGGACGUGUAAAGGAAUAUAGUCGAAUACCGAAAUAAUAUUUUCGACACUUUUUAUUUGGACUUUGAUAACCAAACCUGUUUUUUCAAACCUGGACUACAUUAUUUCAGUGGAUUUUAUAGAAAUAAUACCAAUAAUAUGGCAGCAAUAACUCAGGUUAUAAAACAAGCCGUGAGGCCAGGUAUACGUGCUUUAUCGACAACAGCUAAAUUAAAUUCAGAACACAGUCUACCAAAUGGAUAUAGUUUUCAAUUAUCACCAGAGCAACAAGAGAUGCAGGAUUUGGCUAGAAAGUUCACUCGUGAAGAAAUUAUUCCCAAAGCCGCUCACUAUGAUAGAACAGGAGAAUAUCCAUGGGAUAUAGUCAAAAAGGCCUGGGAACUAGGACUGAUGAAUGGACAUAUUCCUGUUCAUUGUGGUGGAAUGGAUAUUGGGGUAUUUGAAGGCUGCUUGGUAACUGAAGAAAUGGCUUAUGGAUGUACUGGAAUAUCAACAGCAGUCGAAGGAACAGGUUUAGGUCAAAUGCCGGUUGUAAUUGCUGGAAAUAAAGAACAACAAAAGAAAUACUUAGGUAGACUUAUUGAUGAACCACUUGUAGCUGCUUACUGUGUUACCGAACCUGGUGCAGGAUCUGAUGUCAAUGGCGUGAAAACAAAAGCUGUGAAAAAGGGAAACCAAUGGGUAAUUAACGGUCAAAAAAUGUGGAUCACGAAUGGGGGUGUUGCAAAUUGGUAUUUUGUAUUAGCAAGAUCAGACCCUGAUCCUAAAGCCCCAGCCAAUAAAGCAUUCACAGGUUUUAUUGUUGAACGCGAUACACCAGGACUUACUCCAGGUCGUAAGGAGCUCAACAUGGGACAAAGAGCAAGUGAUACUAGAGGAAUUACUUUUGAAGAUGUUGUGGUACCAGAAGAAAAUGUAUUAUUAGGAGAAGGACAAGGAUUUAAAAUAGCGAUGGGCGCUUUUGAUAAAACUCGGCCACCGGUUGCUGCAGGAGCAACAGGUUUGGCACAAAGAUGUUUAGAUGAAGCUUCGAAAUAUUCAAUUGAACGCAAAACAUUUGGUGUUCCCAUCGCCAGUCAUCAAGCUGUGAGCUUUAUGUUAGCUGAUAUGGCAAUUGGAGUAGAAACUGCACGUUUGGCCUGGAUGAAAUCUGCCUGGGAAGUCGAUCAAGGGCGCAAGAAUACAUUAUAUGCUUCCGUAGCUAAAUGUUAUGCAGCAGAUGUGGCAAAUAAGUGUGCAACAGAUGCCGUUCAAGUUUUUGGUGGUAAUGGUUUCAAUAGUGAAUAUCCAGUAGAAAAACUUAUGAGAGAUGCAAAGAUUUAUCAAAUCUAUGAAGGAACUUCGCAAAUUCAAAGACUGAUCAUUUCCAGAGAGAUUAUUGAUAGAGCAAAGAAAAUGCUAUAAUCAAAUAUAUUGUUGUAUUAUUACAUGUAUGAUAUGAU